AUGUAUCAUCCAAGUCAAUCGGUCGUGUGUUCUGAUUGUAACGUUACAUUUCGUUCACAUCGGGCGUUGAAGAAUCAUCAACAACGCUUUCAUUUCAAUUAUUCGCAAAAUCUUCCCGAUUAUCAUCAUCUUUCCUCCUACUUAUUUUUGGCUUUUUCAACUCAGCAAUUCUCCUUUGUAGCCAAACAUGCUUGUGAACAAGGACGUUUGCCGUUAGGACAAUUCACAUCCAAAAUUUUUCUAUGUCAGUCCUGCCAUGUCUCAUUUCCCUGUUCCAAUGCAUUGCAAUAUCAUUUAUUAAACAAACACGACCAAUAUGAAUCUGAAGUCUGUCGAAUUACUCUACAUGAUAUCAUUGUACAAGUCGAAGAGAAUAUCAAAACAGUUGAUCUUAAUAAUAAUGAUGACAAUGAUAAUAUUGAAUCAAUGAAAUAUUUAUUAGCUAAACAAGCAUCAAUCUUCGGACUGAGGGAUAAGAAAUUAGCUGAAGAGAUUCGUUGUAUACGACACGAACAUCAGCAAUUGAUUUUUCCUUCGUGUCAACAUCCAAGUCGAACAUGUGCAAAUUUAUGUUUGAAGUAUCUUUCGUCUUACAAUAAACUCGUCGAAAAUUAUUCCUAUCAGAUACCAACCGUACCGAAAGGGAAUCCGUUUGCUCAAGGUUCAAUUGUUUCUCGACCAAUAUCUAAAUCAUUAGUUAGCUUAGCCACACCAUCGAAAGAUGGAUCAAGUCCAAAUCCGAAGCGAACAUCCUUGAAACGUGUUCAAUCAGCAAUGUCGGAACGUUCGUUAUCUCCCCAAUCGAAAAAGAGAACAAAUGAACAACAAUUUAAAAUAAAUGGAUCUAAAUUCAUGUCGUCUGAAUCGAUUUCACUUUCACCAAGAAAAAAUCAGAUUUAUCCACGUUCGAUGUCUUCAAAAAAUGCCAGACAUUCCGUAGCGUGCAAACGUAGUGUCUCGCCAACUAUCACACUGGCAGUUGAACGUUCAUCGGAGAAACGUCGUCGACAGCGUGAAGAAAAAAAAACCAAAACUCCUCCAUCAUUCUCGAGUAAAGCGCAUAGUACCGAACAAGAAAGCGAUGACGACGAUGAUGAUGAUGAUGAUGAUAUCAUUCCUUCGAAAUUCGAUACACACAAGAGACAACGCGAAGCAUCCGACAGUUCCGUUGAAUAUGUUCAAGUAAUAAAUAACGAGCCACAAACAGUUUCCUCGUUGAAUAAUAUCGAAAAUUUAAAAUUGAAAUCGAAAGGUGAUGAUAAGGACAUUAUUAUUUGUGAUUCAUCUUCAACCGUUAGAAAACUUCCUUCAUCACCAAGCAAAAAUCUUUCCAAUGGUCAUCAGACGGCUGAUUAUGAUGAACAUGUUCGUGUCCGUUGUAAAAUAUGUGGUGACAUUCUCGAAGGACGAAGUCGAUUUUCUAAACAUGUAUUAGCCAUGCAUUCACAUCUGAUUAAAAGCAAUGCAUCAAAUAUAAAACAGCAGCAACAGACUACCAGUGUUCGAUGA